GGACGCGUCUGACGGGCCUCCAGGCCUCUGGCUACCAAAGCUCCGGGCUCUGUACCAGCUGCGCUCGCUUCCGGCACCAUGUCGGUGCGGGCGCUACCGCUGCUCUUCUUGAACCUGGGUGGGGAGAUGCUUUACAUCCUGGAUCAGCGGCUGCGAGCCCAGAACAUCCCGGGAGACAAGGCCCGAAAAGUUCUGAAUGACAUCAUCUCAACCAUGUUCAAUCGAAAGUUUAUGGAGGAAUUGUUCAAACUCCAAGAGCUCUAUUCCAAAAAGGCCCUGAGGACAGUCUACGACCGCCUGGCUCACGCCUCCAUCAUGAGACUAAACCAGGCCAGCAUGGAUAAGCUCUAUGACCUGAUGACAAUGGCUUUCAAAUAUCAAGUAUUGCUGUGUCCUCGUCCCAAGGAUGUGUUGCUGGUCACUUUCAAUCAUUUAGAUGCCAUCAAGGGAUUCAUCCAAGACUCCCCAAACAUCCUGCAUCAAGUGGAUGAGACUUUCCAGCAGCUGACUGAAAUAUACGGGGGUCUCUCUGCGGGGGAGUUCCAGCUGAUCCGGCAGACGCUCCUCAUCUUCUUCCAGGACCUGCACAUCAGGGUGUCCAUAUUUCUAAAGGACAAAGUUCAGAAUUCCAGCGGUCGCUUUGUGUUGCCAGUGUCUGGGCCUCUUCCCUGGGGAACCAAAGUUCCCGGACUCAUCAGAACGUUCAACAACAAAGGCGAAGAAGUGAAGAAGGCAGAAUUCAAGCACGGCGGGAGCUAUGUCGCUGCCCCCAAAGAAGGGUCUUUUGAACUCUAUGGAGACCGAGUCCUGAAACUGGGAACUAAUAUGUACAGUGUGAACCGGGCCGUGGAAACCCGUGUGUCUGGAGCAUCAGAGAACUUAGCUGCACAGACACAGGAAAGCAUUGCUCCAAACCCUCUUGCUAAAGAAGAGCUAAAUCUCUUGGCCAGGCUGAUAGGAGGCAUGGAGAUUAAGAAACCCAGUGGCCCUGAGCCAGGAUUCCGGUUGAAUCUCUUCACCACUGAUGAAGAGGAAGAACAGGCAGCGCUAACCAGGCCAGAAGAGUUAUUCUAUGAAGUUAUCAACAUCCAAGCUACUCAGGACCAGCAGACGAACGAAGAGCUGGCUCGGAUCAUGGGGGAGUUUGAGAUCUUGGACCAGCCAAGGCGGAGUGCCAGCAAGGGCGAUGAUUUGCUUGCCAUGAUGGAUGAGUUAUAGCUGUGCUGACCAGGCACGCCCCUCCCGCUGCGGAGAGGCUGCUUGAUGAGGACCCUGGGGGAUGCCCCAGGGAGCCAAAUGAUGCUGCUAGUUUUCUACUAAGUGAAGCCCUUCCUUACCUCUUGUUCCUGUUUAUGUCCUAACGAACUGUGCGGGUCUCCCUCAGGGAGCACAGUCUCUGGAAGGCACACACACAUUCAUAUUUUCAGCAAAAUAUAUUCUGGCUUUUAAAUGGGACCUUUCCCAUGUUCUUGCUAGUUUUAAUGGCAAUCAAAGCAUCCGGAGCCACAGGUUCAAGCCUGAGAGUCAGUAAGAGGGCGCUCCUGUUGCUGUUUUCAUUACAGCUUUGCUCAGGGGACCUACUGCUCACAGAUGCCUGUGAAUCAUCACAAAACUUCAGAGCUUUCUCGGAUGUAUUCUGCCUUGUGAGUUUGAUGUAAGUGGUUGCCUCAGACAGUCAGGGCCCAGUUUAUACAGCCCUCCUCUCCCUGGCACACUGGGAACGGUCACCUCAGAGGCAGAGGAAGCAGGGCCAUGACAGGGAAUCCUCAGGCAGGCCCCGCGCAGAGCGUGUGGGUGUCUGUGGUUCUCCGCACAUCUCUCUCUCCAUAUGUAGUGUGGGCUUAUCCCAUAUGGAAAUGUGUACCAAGGAAA